AUGUUCAUUGCUUACCAUUUCUACUACUUUAAGUUAAAACUAAAAAUGCAAGUGCCAAAAUGCGAAAUCUGCGAUGAUGACUUCUCAAGUGAGGAGGAUGGAGAUCAUAAUCCGAGAAAUUUGAAAUGUUCCCAUACAUUAUGUGAAGGAUGUAUCAAAAAGUUGCUGAAGAAUGGCAGAGUUGUGUGCCCAUUUUGUCGCGAACCAACGGAAGUACCGGUAUAUAACAUUAAAAGUUUGCAUAAGAACUUUUCAUUGAUUCAAAUGAUUAAAAUUGUGACAAAAACUACUGAGGUCGAAAAAAAUUGGGACAAUUUCCCACCGAAAUGUGUAGAACAUCCGUAUAAUGUUGCUGAGUUUGCUUGCAUUGAAAGCAACUGCUCUUCAAAAAACAAGCUCAUGUGCCAAACUUGUGAGGAAUUCGGAGCUCAUAAGGGUCAUGCAAAAGAAUUGCUGAUAACGAAGACUGAUAAAUUUCGGAAAAAAUUAGAAUUUUGGAUAAAUCAAUUAAAAUUGAACAUUCAAAAUUGCACAGUGAAGAAAAAUGAACUGGAAGAAGCAGUGGUGAAGAGUGAGCAGCUUUUGAAUAUAAAAGUUAAAAAGAUCAAAAAUCAUUUUGAUAAAAUCCGUCAGUCAGUUGAUAAGAAAGAAAAAGGAAUAAUUGAUGAGACAACGGCAGAAGCAACAAGAAUACAAAAAUUUAAUAAUGAAAAGAUAACUUAUUUAAUUGAUUUGCAAGCGAGACAUGUUAAAGAUAUUGAGGCGAUAGAGAAGCAAAAAAAUAUGACUGAUAUUGAUUUAUACAACACCGGAAUUGAUCUACCUUGUUUUUUUGGGCAUUUGAAUAUUGAAGUGUUUCGGCCAGCUGACACAAAGGAAAUGGAUAUCAAACUGCCUAAUUUUAAAUUUGAAGAUGGAAGUUAA